AUUAAAUUUCCACAAUCUGAACUGAGAUAGGGGUUAUACAGUUUGACGAGCAACGCAAAGGGGUGUGUCUUCACGUAACCAAACAGUGUGUUAAAGAAAAGGUCACCUGCCCGUCUGUGGCCCCAGUCCACCCUAACGACUGGAUUGUACGGACUGCCUACUUUGGGACGUGAUGGGGCUCCAGAAGUUUCUGAAUUGACAAAAGGUGUUCAUCGAGACAUCGGUGGCCCAUGACUCAGUCAGGAUGACCAUCAACAUCCUGAUAAUCUCCGUCUACACCAUCACCCUGACCAUGGGCGUGCCGGCCAACAUCCUGGCCUUCUACACCUUCUGCCGCAAGGUCCGCCGCAAUCCCACGGCCAUCGACGUCCUCCUCCUCAGCCUCACCAUCUCAGACCUCAUCUUUCUCACACUCCUGCCCUUAAAGAUAAAGGAGGCCCUGGACCAAAUGACCUGGACGAUGCCCCCCUUCCUGUGCCCCAUCACCAGCUUCCUGUUCUACACCACCAUAUACAACAGCACCCUGCUGCUGACGGCGGUCAGCCUGGAGCGCUACUUGGGCGUGGCCUUCCCCAUCAUGUAUUCGCGGUGCCGCCGGCCGCGCUACGCCGUCAUUGCCAGCGUCCUCUCCUGGGUGGUGUGCUCCCUCAACCUUGUGUUCGUGUACAUCGUGCCCAACCGCGACGCGUUUGUCAGGAACAACGGCUCGGACCUGACCACGCCCCAGUGCUACAUGAACUUCAGCGUGCAAGAGCUGGAAAUACUGAUGCGCGUGCGCCUGGAGCUCUUCUUUGUCCUCUUCUGCGUGCCCUUCUUCGUCUCCUGCUUCUGCUACGUCAACUUCAUCCGCAUCCUCUCCCGCCUGCCGCACAUCAGCCGGCGGCGGCGGCUCCGCGCUAUAGGCCUGGCCGUGGGCACCCUGCUGGUGUUUGCCGUCUCCUUCGGUCCCUACAACUUCUCCCACGUGGUGGGCUUCGUCCGCAAGGAGGACGAGUGCUGGAGGCAAGUGGCGCUGCUCGCCAGCACCUUCAACUCCUGCCUCGACCCCAUCAUCUUCUACAUGACCUCCUCGGAUGUCCGCAGCAUACUCCGUGGCGUCCUGCGCAACAUCACGGCCAAGCUGCACCUCCUCCGCUGCGGAGGUGGAGAAGGAGGAGGAGGUGCCCUGCUCCAGUGA